AUGGACUUUAAAAUACAUCAAGAUGACAAAUCGUCAGAGGAAGCUGUUCAACUUUUUCGGUGUGUUAAAUAUCGUAUGAGUCAAAUUAAAAGGCUGUAUAAUGAGAUUGAUGGAGUUGAACAAAUGCUGGAGGAUGAGAAGGUUUUGAGGUUGAGGCAAAGUUUAUCCCAAGAAUGUGAAUCUCUCGCCCAAUAUUCUACUUUUCGCCGUGAAGCGUUGGAAAUAUUUUGGAUUUAUUGUUGUUAUAAACCCAUUGCUGCCUUUAAACAAUUUUUUAACGAGGAACAAGUUUACAAACAAUUUUUAACUGAAGAAACUAGCCAGAAGGAAGAGAACACAAUUAAAUUAUUAAAAAUCUUCAUUUCGUCAAAUAUUUCUCAAAUUUCUUCCUUUUUGACAAAAUUCCAAGACUUCAAACACUCUCUUCUUUUGUGGCUGGGAGACCUGUAUCGAUACUCUUUUAUUUAUUGUGGAGAGGAUAAGAGGGAUUUUACAAUUUGUGAACAGUGCUAUGUUAAUGCGGCGUUUUGCGAUCCGAAAAAUUGGAAGCCUUAUAGUCAGUUAGCCUUAUUAAACUCCAAAAUCGACCCAAACCUAGCCUUUUUCCUCUUUCUUCGCUCACUAGCACAACACAAAAAAGCUGACAAAAAUUCUGAUGGUAUACAAAAUAAUAUUAAUUUAUUGGCAACUAAAGAAGGAACAAGUAACAAUUCUUCUGCUAAUUUUGAAUUCGGUGUUACUUUAAAAUUUGUUAAUAUUGUGGCUUUUGAAUUUAGUCGUUUACAAUUUGAAGAAUCCCGUAAAGAAAUGGACAAACUUUUUGAAUCAUUUAAAUCCUCAAAUAAUUUUAAAACAUUUUUACAACACAUUAAUUGUUGCACUUUGGCUGUUUCCUUUGCUCUACAAAAUCAACCCACGGAUGAACAUUUUCGUUACAUUACUUCUUUUACUUGUCAAAAAUUAAUUUAUGUUUUGGAAGAGGCGAGAAGACUUUUUGCUGCAAAGGAAAAUGAUGAAGAAGAGGAUGUUCAAAUUAAUAAGAGGAGAAGGAAAAAGAAGGAAAGGUCUUCCUCUUCCUCCUCAAACUCUGAAAAUGAAAAUGAAGAAAAAACUAAAAAUAACAAUUUAACAAAUAACCAACAAAAUGAAGAAGAAGACGAUAUUACUUGUUUAUCAACUGUUUGGCAAUCAGCAAUAAUUGUAUCUGAAUUUAUUAGUAAUUGUGCUGAAUAUUUUACAAUAAAAAAACUUUCUGUUUCACUUAAACUUCAAUACCAAAACAUUUUAAAAACAUUUGUGGAACUUUUGAAUGAUUUAAUUACUCGUAUUUCACCUCUAAUGGAAGCAGAAGACCCUUCGAGCUCUUCAGAAAGACGAGCCCUUGUAAAUUGGUUUAUGUACAAAUUUGAUGAAAAUAAAGGAAAUAAAUUAUUUGUUGCCGUUUUGGUCCAUUAUAUACGUAAUAUAAUUUCUGCACGCUUUGCUGGUAUUGUUUUCAAUAAAUAUUUUAAAUUGGAAUCAUCCAACAUUGGCGAAAAGGAACGUAAAACAAUGGAAGGAAUUUCUCGUUUACAUUCUGCACAUGUCAGCAAAAUUAACGAAACUCUUAGCAAAAUCCCUGUUUAUAUUGCGCCUGACCACCACGUAUUACUAGAACGUUUAACUUUAAUGGAUCAACUUUGUCAAACAGCAAAACAAAAUACAAUCAUUACACGUUCAGUUUUGGCAAAAUUGGAUAAAUUAAAGAAGGAUAGUGCAAACGCUAGGGAAGCUAUUAGAUGGAUUCAAGGUUCAGUAACUGACCACAAAAUUAAAUUAUUUCAUGAAGUUGAAUCUGAAAAAAAAUUAUUUUCUGAAUUAAAAGCAUUUUUGGAAGAAAAAAAUUUGCUGGAUAAACAAACAUUGUUUUUAUCAAUUUUAACGAGUGAGGGAAGUGAAAAAGAUGUAAAAAUUGUAACGGAUGGAGAAUUGACAAAAUAUCCGGUUAUUGGUAUUGAACGAAUUGAAAACUUUGCAAAAAGAAUGGCUGAAACUGAUAUACCAAAGGUAUUAAAAAAUAUUCUUUUUUUUGAAAAUAUUAAAUUUCAAUUUUAGGGUUAAACAAUUUCUUGGUAGGAGGAAUUUUUUAAUGUAAAAUACGUUAUAUUUCAAAUUUCAAAAUUUUUAAAAAUUUGUUUAAAUAUAAAUACUUUAUAAAAAUUUAGUGAUUUUAGAAUUAUUUAAAAAAGGAAUCCAUGCGAAAAAAUUAAGAAAAAAAAAUUAUAGGAAAUAAUUAGAAUAAAAAGAAAGGGGUUAAAGCAUUUUGAAAUGGCAUAUAAAACAUAAGAAAAUUGUGCCGCAAAAAUAUUAUUUUUUGGACUUUCCACG